UUAUAUCAUAUCAACCAAAGCUUAAUUUCUCAUUCCUGAAAUGGCUUAUCAUAUCCUUUUUCUUACUCUCCUCGCCCUCACCUCCUCUCUUGCAACGGCUUCUGAUCCUAGUCAACUGCAGGACUUCUGCGUUGCCGAUGAUAUGUCUCAUGUGUUUGUGAAUGGGUUAGUCUGCAAGGACCCGAAACUGGCAGUGGCUGACGAUUUCUUCUUCUCCGGCCUUAACAUGCCUGGCAACACAAGCAACCGUCUGGGAUCGAAAGUAACGCUGGUUAGUGCAGCUAACUUACCAGGCCUCAAUACUCUCGGCAUCUCCUUGGCAAGACUUGAUUUUGCACCCUAUGGGCUCAACCCGCCACACACUCAUCCACGUGCAACCGAGAUCCUAACAGUGCUAGAAGGAACGCUCUACGUCGGAUUUGUGACAUCAAACCCCGAUAACAAACUCUUCACUAAAGUCCUCAACAAGGGUGAUGUGUUUGUGUUCCCUCAAGGACUCAUUCACUUUCAGUUUAACACCGGUUACACAAAUGCUAUCGCGAUUGCAGGACUUGGUAGCCAGAACCCAGGUGUGAUCACGAUAGCUAAUGCAGUAUUCGGAGCAAAGCCUCCUAUUUCCGAUGAUGUUCUAGCCAAGGCAUUCCAGAUUGACAAGAAGUUAGUGGACUGGCUCCAAGCUCAGUUUUGGAUGGACAAUAACUAGGACGGUUGGCAAAUGCUGAUGAUCUCUAUAUAUUUCCCGUAGUGUUGGGUUUCAAUAAGCAGCAUGUUUGCAUGUCGUUGGUAAAAAUAUCUGUUUUGUACUUUGCUUACUCUAUAAUAUAAAAGUUUACUUUGUCUUGA